AUGAGCGACUCGGAUCCCCAACCAUGGCAAGUCGCCUUCAACAAGGUGCGAACGCAAACCACCGCCGGGGUAGCUGCCGUUCGUAGACCGGCCACUUUGCUCGUCGCGAUCGAAGCCACGCUGGCACCUUCCUCGCAAGGUUCAGCUACGACGACACCGACGACGGGCGUCGUUCCCCCUGCGGCUUAUUUGGCCGCUCUCGUGUCGACUUUGAUCCAACUCGCGGGCGAUCCAGAAGCGGCGAAGGAGACGGGCGAGAAGCGUCAAUUGCUCGAAGCUACGCUGUACCUCCUAUCGAUCCUUUCACCCCACCUCGAAGCUACGACCCUCCGACCUCAGGUGAUGACCAUCGUUCCUACGCUUCCUCCACUCUUUACAUCUUUUAUGGGGCAUGCACCGGCGGUCAAGUCAUUGUUGGCGAUCGGUCAAGCGGCAUUAUCGAUCCUCUCCCUUUCCGUCUUGGAGAAGGAUUUGCACGUUAGAACGACCUAUGCGGCGAUCUUGAGUUUAUGCGAGGACGCAAGACCGAAAGUACGUCGAAGAGCACAAGAAGCCGUACAAGAGUUGUUGAAGAAACCACCCCCUCCUUCGACCGUACAUCCGUACAUGACCGAAUCGGCGAAUUGGAUCUUGAACAAGUUGCAAGACGCCGUCAAGGGCGCCAAGAGAGGGGGAAAGAAGGAGGCGAAUGCUCCCGCCGUUCAGGUCGGACAGGGUCAGAAGAAGGCGCAGAUGAUUGCCAAGGAGGUGGGAGGGAUCGAGCACGAGGCGAGUGGGGGUGCGGGGGAUGAAAGUAGGGCGAUCGCACUGUUGACGUUUGUGCGUAAUUUGGGGAAUGCUUGGAGCGAUGAGGUGAGUGGUGCAAAUUCUUGCGCGGAAUGACUGGCCCGAGACUUACAGCACUUUCCAUACCCCACUUUUUGUACACAGGCCACCCCUUCGCUCCUACCCAUCCUACUCUCGACCUUGACCCUCUCGUCGCAGCACCUCACCCUCGCCGCCUUGACCCUUCUCUCGCACCUCUUCUCGGCAUCUCGUUCCGCCGACUCGCUCUCGUCCAACUCGGUCCAAGAAACCCUCCUCGCUUUACUCGACGCCAAGCCGCGUGGAGGAUCGGGGGAGACGAAUGAGAAACUCCUCGCGGGAUGGGUCGAAGGCGUAGGCGAAGGACUCGUCGCUUUCGCCCGCACGAACCCCGAAUUAGCACAGACUCAAGCCGUCAAGACGUUCAAAGAGGUCUUGCCGAUUUUAUCGACUGCUCAAUCACCGGCUUUGAGGACCGCGACGGAGGCGGCGUGCGAGAUGGUCAUCAGGCAUUGUUUGUUGGAUCGUGAUGUGCUUGCGGCGGUGGAGGUCGUGAGGAAGAAGGGAACGAAUGGGGACGUUGAGCUCCAGGGAACGAAGGAAGGGCAAGCGACGUUGACCGUCGUCCAAGUGCUCGAAAAGGCGAUUACCUCCCCUCGCUUCGCUGCUGCGGCUCAACCUCAUGUAUUGGCCCUUGCGAAAGCCCUCUUCCUUCGUCUUCGAGUCCGCAUCCCUUCGGCUACCGAUUCCGCCCAAGCCGAUCCGGCAGCCUCGAUCCUUCUUCGGAAAACGCUCUUCCUCCUCUCCAAAUUACGCGAGGACUCGCAUUUCGAAUGGAAGCGCGCGCUCGAGGACGUUUUGGACGCCGCGAUCAAAGUCUGCGGGCCCGAAUCCGUCCUUGCGGUUCUACCUUUGGGGUUGGAAGAAGGUGCGAACCCGGCCAAAGCGAAGGCUUGGUUGUUACCUUUACUCAAACCGGCCAUCACGAACACCCGUCUCGCGCAUUUCAAAACGACGUUCGUACCCCUCUCGGCCGAACUGUUCGCCAAAGCCGAAAAGGCCAAGGAAGCGCAGAGGGGGAUGGAAGCCAAAGUGUGGGAGACGUUGGUCGGGCAGGUGUGGGCUUUGUUACCGGGUUAUUGCGAGUACGCGGUUGAUUUGGUCCGACAGGUCGAUGUUGAAUUCUUGGGCUUGGUCGCGAAUGUCGUUUAUGCUCAACCCAUGUUGAGACCCGCCGUUUUUAAGGCUUUGUCAACGCUCGUGGGGACGACCAAGACGUUGGCUCAAUCGACUUCGCCGAGCGAACUUUUGUACGCUCAAUUCGGGUUGACGCCGCAAGAGGGGAAGAAGGCGUUGAGCCAUUUACAGGGGUUGGCGGAGACGGUGUUGGGCAUCUCGUUCAACGUCUAUGGCAAGAUGGCCAGAGGGGAGGGAGGGUACAUCCUUUCGACCGUCGGGGAAUGGUUGGCGAUCUUGCCCGAACGGGAAUUGGUCGCGACCUUUGAGCGCGUCAAGGGUCUGUUGAAGCAGGCUUUGGAAGCGCAGCCUAGGUUCACCGCAACGAACAAGGCGUCGAUGCAGAAGGACGAGUCGGGUGUCAUCUCGCCUAUUCAUGCGUUGUUGGAUAUCCUCAUCACUAUGAUCCCUUAUGCCGCACCUUUCGAGAAGAGCUUCUUUGACUUGGCGAUGGGGGACGAGUUGUUGAAGGCUGAGGACGCGGCGGUACAGAAGAAGGCGUAUAGGAUUUUGGCGAGGUUGGCGGAGGAGAGAGGGGGGAACGUACUCGAGGGCAGGGUGGGGCACGUGUUGGAGAGUUUGGUGGAGGACAAGAGUGGAGUCGCGCAGGGGGCCAAGAGGGUCAGUUUGAGACGAGUACUUUGCCUUUUGGUGUUGGGGUGCGAUUGACACUGACUUGGUGACUUGGUGACUUGGUUUCCCGAUGCGAUCAGGAUCGCGUUCUUCUUCUUUCUACCCUCGUGCCCCUUCUUCCGUCGGACUCGUUGCACCACAUCCCCUCUCUGAUCCCCGAAGCCGUCCUGGGAACCAAGGAAUCGAACGAACGUACCCGCGAAGCCGCUUACGAGCUCGUCGUCGGGAUGGCGACCAAGAUGCAACAAGGUGGGACCUUGGCUCGACACAAGGUCAAAGGGAUGCGCGACGAGCACGUCGAAGGCAACGAAGGUGCCGAAGGGAUGGAAGAGGAUGACGUUCCCGCGAGCGUGGAGGAAUUCGUGACCAUGUUGAGCGCCGGCUUGGCCGGCCUCAGUCCGCACAUGAUCUCAGCGACCAUCACCUCCCUCUCGAGGGUCAUCUUUGAAUUCCAUGCGCACAUCCCCGAUCGGACCUUACGGCAAGUCGUCGAAACUUUGGUCGUGUUCCUGUCGUCGCCGAAUCGCGAGAUCGUUAGGAGCGCUUUGGGCUUCAUCAAAGUUUGUCUCGUCGUGCUCGAGGGAUCGUUGUUGGAACCGAGUCUGCCUCGAUUGGUACCGAAUCUGAUCAACUGGUCGCACGAGCAUUCGAAUCACUUCAAAGUCAAAGUCAGGCAUCUGUUGGAAAGGCUGAUGAGGAAGUUUGGGCACGAGAAGGUCGAGAGGUACGCUCCGGAGGAGGAUAGGAAGUUGGUGGCUAAUUUGAGGAAGAAGAUGAUGAGGAGCAAGAAGAAGAAGGCCGCGGCGGCGGCGCAGCAGGCGAGGGGCGAGGACGACGACGGGAGUGAGGUUGAGGUGAGUUUUUGGCCGUUCUCUAGAGUUAGCGGCCGGGAGGUUCGUAUACUUGGGGACACUGACUUGAGGUGAUUUGUGUCGAUUUUUCUGCGCAGGCCGCUCCUCGAGCGAACCCUCGUUCGGCGUACGACGAAGUCCUUUACGGUUCGGACUCGGACGCCUCCUCCGCUGCGUCGGACAACGAGCAAGCCCCCUCCACCAUCGAUCCUACGCAAACCGCUCCCUCUGGGGUCAAGAACCGAAAAUCGCAAAUGCGCAAACAGAAGCAACGCGAUGAAGGGACCUUCAUUCAUGAGGACGCGGACGAGGUGCUUGAUUUGUUGGACGAUCGAAUGAUGUCGAAUAUUUCAGCCGGGCAGGGGAUCAAGGGGAAGAAGGAGAGGAAGGAUUUGGAAAGACAUUUCAAGACGGAUCAGAAGAGUGGGAGGAUGAGGUUCGAUGAGGAGGGAGAGAAGGAGGUUGGAGGGGAGGUGAGAAUGAGGGAUCAGGAGGCGGAGGUGGGAGGAGAGGCUUCUUCUUCGAUGGGGGCGUAUCUCGAGGCGAUGAGGGGUGAGGAUGGACAUACCCUUGAUGCGAAGGGGAAAGCCAAGUUCAACAAGACGCAAGGCAAACGCGCUCGAUCGGGCGAAUUCGACGAUGACGAUGUCCACAUGGACGAUGGGACGGAAGUGGGCGCCAAGAGGAAGAAAAAAGGUGGACCUUCGUCGAGGGAGACGGUCAGGGUUGGGCACGAGUUCAAGGCCAAGAGGGCCGGUGGGGAUGUGAAGAAGAAUGGAAUGGAGCCGUAUGCUUUUGUACCGCUGCAGGCGGUGGCGGGCAAGAAGGCCAAGGGAGGGCCCAAAAUUGGGUUGACGGGGUUGAAGCGGGCCGGAGGUGGGAAAAGGUCGUAG